GCACGCCGUACCCAUUUCGUGUGAUUUAUUCAAAUUUGCGGUGAUUCAUCUGUGCAAUUACGACUGCAGCACGAAAGUGGAUGCAAACAAUCUACCGCAUCGGUGCGUCCAAUGCUACAGCUGAUGCGGAUGCUGGAUGUGAACUGACUACUGAGAGAAUGUGAGAACGGGUGCCUCCGGGUUAGUUCGCCGAUAGUUUUGUAAGUCCGAAAAAGAAGAGAAAAAAAAGGAAGGAGAAAUAGUUGUGUGUGUCACGACGGGACCUAGAAAGCCGCCGGCGCAGUGUGGCUAAGAAAAAAGUGAAUGUACAUCAACGCGCGACGGAAGGGCGGCGACCGUGCGUGGAUGUCUGUCGGUGGAGAUUGUUGGCAGGUGUUGAAAGCGUGAUUACCUCGCCACCGCAGUGAUUAAACGGCGCGUGGCCUAAGGCAACGGGAUCAGAACGAAGUCACACACACGGAGGGAAAUCGCCCCGGCAACGUCAGUAUGCGGGGCAGCAUCGCCGGGAUCGAGGAUGGUAUUGCCGGCGCGAGAGUUGGUGCGAGCUACCACCGGCUCCUGCUGGAGCUGAUCGACUACCUGUACGCGUCGCUGGUCGUGGCCCCGCUGGUGGUGUGCUACUGGCGCGGCACCUGGAACCUGAUGGGCGACUACAUCUUCCCGUCGGACCUGACGACCAGCCUCGUCGUUUCGCUCGUCAUCGGCAUCGUGGGCCACAUCGUGUUCAACAUCUUCCAGGCGACGCUCCGGCGGCACCUGAACGCGGACAAGCACCGGAUAGCGUACUACCUCGGGUCGCGCAUGUACACCGCCAUCUACGGCGUCAUCUGCGUGAACGGGUGGCGCGGAGGCUGGCAGUUGAUCGAUCUGUACACGACGCACGAUGUGCUGUACGUGGUGCUGAUCACACUGGGCUGUAUUUUCAUCCUGGCCUGCCUGAAGGGCGUGCGGAACGUCAUGGGCACCCCGUUCCUAAUCAUUAACGACUCGCGGCGGGAGUACUUCGACGUACCGACGUACUUCAAGCUAACGGGCUCUAAAGAUCCCGGCCUAUACGUGCUCGAUUGCAUGUUCUCCGUACUGGUGAUUGGUUCGCUGGUCGUCUUCGUUUGGCGCGGCCUGUGGGUACUGCUGGACCUCAAACUUUUCCCCCACGAUCAGGGCACCUCGGCGUGGGCCUCAGUGAUUAUUGGCUAUGGUGUGACCGGAUUGACCUUCUCGCUGCAGCCCUUAAUGCGGUGGACUUGCGAUCGCCUCACCGGGUUCUGGCGCGUGGUCGUCGCGGACUUUUUCCUGUUCUUCAGCUUUAUCGGCACAAUCAACGUGUGGCGAGGCAUUUGGCAAGCGCUAGAUACAUACUUCCUACCAGAUGAAAAACUGCUAAGCAACUGGAUUACACAUGCAGUCUCGCUUCUGCUGCUGAUCCUGCUAAACUGCUCCAACUCGGUGCUGGUUCGCGGUGUCUACAUCGACGCGGAGGAACCGGCCGGCCAGUGCGUCGUGUUUCCGGUGUACUACAUUCGGCUAUUCUUCCAGAAGGAGCGCAACAAGAAACAGCGCCGCCUGUUCGAAGCCCUCGAACGGGCCGAUCUUAACAACACUGGCGGGGUGGUGCAAGACAAGAAGCCCCCGCAUACACAUUUCCAUCAGCAGCAUCAACAACAGCAGCAGCUACAACAGCACCAAAAGCAGGAACACCACAUUGUGGCCGACCAGAACCAUCAGGUGAUCCGGAACCUGGAAGCCGUACCGCUGACCAUCAUCGACGAUCCGAAGAGCAACGGCGAUCACAGCAGUCACGUGCCGACAAAGUGAGCCAAAUUAGGAUCGAAAGGGGGGCACACCCAAAGGGUGGACGCAGCUGGUCCACUUUAAAGCACUGAAGAUAAACCAAUAGCAGAGCUAUUGCGGGCGAACGCUCCCCCGUAACGUAGUCCGGGGUAUUUUUUAAACAUCGAGGUAUACCAUAUCCACUUCUGGUGAGAAGUGUACGCACGUCUCUAUUCUUAUUAUUGCAUUCCUAAACCACCAUUAGCCAGUAUGUGUAAUGUAUCGAAAAAGGCUUGUAGAAUCCGAAACAGAUCGGUUAAAAACAUAUGCGAAAAAUUGUUAAGUAAAAAGAUACCUUGCUACUUCGUCUAUGUCAUGUUUGAAGGAAGCCUUUGAAUAAAAACCAACACCCAGCAGUAUGUCUGACGAAGGAUGUGUGUAAUAGUCGUAUAAGUAAGCGUUAGGUAUGUUAGGAUUUUUUUUUUCUAUCAUCUAAGGACCCAUACUCGCUAAGCCGACUGUGCGCACUAUACUUUAGCGAUAAGUAUCGAUUUGCGGAAAAAGUGUACGAACAAAGGGAGUACCACUAGAAAGCGCCCAAGCACUCCUUUUUAUUUAUAAAUGCAACAUAUGUUUUUUGUGUAUAUAAUAG